AUGGAGAUGAUGACGAGCAGGUUUAGAGUCAUGGUGAGCAGGGAGAUGAAGCAGAGGACGAAGAACUGGGGCAGAGCUUCGGACAAGCGGAGCUUGGGCUUCUUGCAGGAGCCGUUGAGGAGCUGGGGAAAGCACAGAAAGGCCAUUAAACUCACUUUAACUCUGCAGAUUCUGCAGCCCGGCUCCUGUGAGGCCAACAUACUGUAA